AGUUGUAAACACAAAAUACGAAAAUUUAAUUUCGGUUGAAACGAAAAUCUUGAACAAGUUUCGCUGGAAUGCAGUUUGUUUCGUCAGUUUAGUUCGGAAUUUGUUCAGAUUUUGAAGGAUUUAGUUUUUAAUGAUGGAUUCUCCGUCUGGUACGCAAGGAAUUGAUCUGUUGUUCAAGAAAUUAGGCCACAAUAUUGUUGAAAUUCGAAGUCGUGCGCUUGAAAGUAUCGUGUUAAAGUUGGACCAUGGACUUCUACACGAGGGUGAUUUAGUGCAGGAGAAACAACUGAUGGUCCGUUUGUUGGAGUGGUUCAACUUUGACCCAUCCCCCCAACAAUCGGUGGUGCUUCAACUAUUGAUAAGGUUGACGCAGCACACCUCAGCAUGUGACGUGCUCGCCGCCAUCGGAGGUCUCACUUUCUUAUCCCGUCUCCGACCCAACCUUGACCCCGACACCAAGCCCCAGUGUGAUGUCAUAAUAGACCGAUUGUUACAUGUCAGCGAGAAAGAUUUAUCGAAAGCAAGCAAUGAGAAUCGAAGAUGUGUUUACGGGAGGGAUGAUCAAGAUAAUGACCCCCAUGAUACCACCCCCCAAGUUGAUUACCCACCGAUGGAUUACGGAUAUUUCACCCAACGAUCGAUCACCAAUGAUGGGAAUCCGCCGACCCCCCCACUCCCCACCAACGAAGCAUUGAGAUCCAUAGAAACCCCAUGUUUGCGUUUCCCUGGAUUUCUAUGGCACACAUUAACAGGAACGGACCGGCACGUGCUGACAUCAACUUGCGCUUCUCUAUGCUCACCAAGUCCACACCUCGUACGGAACGCGUGUGCCUUCCUACUCGAUGUUAUUUUCAGGGACUUCCCCGCCGAGAUAUUUCUACAAAGACCUUCGAUAACUCAGACGCUGCUCACCCUUAUAAGUGCGCGCCCCGGUGGUCAAUUAAUGACGAGUUCGUUGGAAUGUUUGCGUGCGUUGGCCGAGGGUUUGGUAUCGAGGCUGAAUUUCUUUCAAGAUCCCGACAUGUAUUGCCCUCGACAAGGCCUUCCUUUUCACUGUGAGAGUCGUAACGGUAGCCAGGGGUCAAGGGUCAACGAUAGCGAGGGGUCAAGGGUUGCCUCGUUGACAGGAAGUGACAUCAUAUCUCGAUCUGAGGCCGAGGGGUCAGUGAGAGUUGAGAGGAUUGGGGGGGAUGGGAGGGACCAUCAAUCUUCUUCAUCUGGGAGCACCUCCCACAUGUCGCACAACAACAGCAGCAACAACUCACAAGGAUUCAAUAGCUUGGUUUGGGAUUCAAGUAUUGGGGACGAUAAUGAUGUCGUUGCAUUACAACGAACGCAACUUAAUACGCCACAGUUUUGCAUCGCUAGUUUGGAAGCCACACUGCCUUCAUUGAAGACGGAUAGCACGAGACUGGCGUUGAAUAUUAUACAGACAAUAUCUCCGCUUAUUCAACUUCUCGGCAAAACUAUUCGUGCCGAUAAAUUAUGGAUCGACGCGUCUAAUGUUGCACAAAAUAUUCAAAGCAAGUUGUGUGGAUUACUUGAGACAUUGGGAGAUGUGUUGAUGUAUCACUACCAUAUGAGUGACAACACAACACAGUGGACGAACAAACAAUGGUCGAUACAUGAAGGUCGUUCACAUCGUGUUGUUUUCCAAACAAUGGCUGGGUUUGUGGUGGACGUGCUGCAAGCUGUGGUACCUGUGGAACAGGCAAACAAGGUGUUGAAGACAAGUUUAUCGCAAGCAUUAUACGUGGUUGCAAUCGACGAGUGCAUGAGGCUGGGAUACGAUGAGGUCACAGAUAUAGCAUUGGAAUAUUUAAAGGAAGCCAACCAUGAUAAAUAUGAAGUGGUUGAGAGGUUGAGGAAGGUGGUGGCUUCAUUCACACACACCCACAUGUUGCACCACCAAUAUAAGGAGUUACAACAAGCAAGCGACAUCAACCUUGAGUUGAUCGAGAUAAUUGAAAGUAGUUUGCUUGGUUUAGACCACCGACCCCACCCUACGCAUAUAACGAGGGUGGUUCAUGUUAUUUCCAAGGUUUUCCAUGAUAAUGGGACAGAAGACAAGAUACGAACAACAAGCAAACAAAUAUUGCUACGUUUAUUUGCACACCCAUUGGUGCAAGUACGCAGAUACACAUAUGAGGAAUGUUUGAAUAUUACGCGGAUUAGUGUGAAUGUUACAUCAGCUGCGGAACACCAUGGUCAUACACAAAGCUAUGCAUGCAGGUUCUUGUUGGACAGUGAAGUAUUAUACGAGGUAUGCACGCAUGGGUUGGCCGAUACUUCACGUUUGGUAUCUUACCCCGCACAAGAACUUAUAUCCGCGUUAUUACACGGUCGUGUGUUGAUGGGUGAAGGGGUGUGGGGGCAACUAAGGGGGGCGAUGGAUGGGGUGUUACCCGUUCUUCAGGCCUUCAGUGGUGAAUCAGAGAUUCUGUGCACCUCCAUAACCACCUACAUCGCCCAAUCACAUUCUAAUGAUACAAAUGCAUUGAAAUCAUGGGUUCGAGGGUUGAUGUUGAAACAUAGGGAGUCGAGGGGGGUCGCUGCAAACAAACUACAACGAAUGUUUAAUAUCAAAAUAUCAGGACUUACCGACCUCCUAAUAAUGGACACCCCCCUCUCCCUGAUCCCACGUGAUGAGUUGGAUAGCUUCCGCAUCCGUCGUUGUAUCUUCCAGGAAGGUGCGGUUGUUCGUAUGUUGUCCGUGUUCCGGUCAUCGACCACUGAACCAACCACACGCAUAGGAGCGUUGCGCCAACUUUCCACCAUGCUCGAGGAUCCAACCCUGCACCCCGCGUUUAUACAACACAACGGUCUCGAUUCAAUCACUCAUAAACUGAAACAACUAUCCGCUGAUGAUGUCACAAUCCUCAUUGAUGAUGUCAGACCCGCUGUUAGCGCUUGCAUCACGAUCAUGAAGUUGAUCAUGAGACAUGAUGCUGCUUCACGUGAUAAGUUGUCUCAUGAUCAUGGUAUAAUCAUGAGGCUGAUCCACUUAGCCAACCUUACCAGGCUAACCACAGCCAUGAUACACAACGUAUGUGUGGUGUUGGCCAUGCUUGUAUUCCAUGAUGUGUUGAGGGAACAUGUUCGAACACCCAACCAACCAAUGCAAGUUGUUGAACUAAGUUUGCCGUCAGCUGUAGUUGCGAGAUACCAGAUCCCCUUCCUGUGCCCGUCCCAUCACACCGUAAGCAUCCAUCGUACUCUAACUCACCCCCCACCCACCAUGCAUGAUGAGGUGGCAACAGGACCAGCGUCCUCGGCGUUGCGCAUAGGAUGGAACAUAGCCGCACACGGGAACCACGUCCCAACCACUUGUAAUCAUGCCACUACUAAUAUGGAUGAUGACAACACAAUGGACUUUUGUCUCACUGAAUCCGAUCGAACAAUGCUUGUAUUCUCACACCCCGAUACUGCUACGAACUUACUUGAAUUAUUCCCGGCCACCGCCGAUCGAGGUCAACACCCCAAACGAUCUAAACAACAAACAAUAUUAUUAGAAUGUUGGUUGAGUUUCAUGUACGCGCUAUCUUUCCAUACAGAUGGACAACUUAAUAUACUCAAGUUAAGAGAUAUAUUUGAUGUCCUCGUUGAAUUGUUUAAAUCAAAGACAAACGCCCAACUUACGUUGAACAUAAUAAGGAACCUUUGUUUUCAUUCACCAAGUAAGAACAGGAUCAGUUCAAACGAUUCAGUGGUUGACGUUCUAUUAUCAAACCUCGAUAAUAAACAAACACGAAUGGAUUCGUCAAUCGCUCUGCUUACUUUGUUGUGUAAUAAUCAAAAGGCAAAGGUCCAUCUUAAAGGAGCGGGUCUAGGCAAACGCGUUCAACAUUCGUUGGAUAAACUAUCACUAGAGGGCUGGGAGGGUGAGAAGAAAUAUAAGAGGUGUUUAGAGGAUGUGUUGGUCAUUAUGACGGGGUGA